AUGGGGCUGUGUAUUUCAGUGGAACGAGAAGAUUUUGAAGACGUUGUGCGCUACGAUGGUGGGACUUUGCUUUGUUUCAAACACGGAGAAGGAACAAAUCUCUACGAAAAUGGCGAUACGUACAAAGGGCAAUGGAAAUGGAAUCAAACGCACGGUCAUGGAGUUUAUACACACGCUAACGGAGAAGUGUGAGUAGUGUCGCUGAACUUGAUUCUUUCCAAAUAUAAUAUGAUAUGAGCGAACAUGUUUAUUCAAACGAGGUAGCAAUCAAGAUGCCACAAGUCACGUGAACAAUGCCAUGCAAUUGUCUCUUACAAAAACCCCACACGCUUCUUCACAGCUCCCGAACCAAAUUAAAUAUUCCAAAACCAAAGUAUUCAAUGUAGAAUUUGUGAUACUUCGAAAUCACUUACACUUUACAUUCUUUAAAACGGGUCGAAACUGAAACACAAAAAAGUGCGUAAUCUCCCUGUCUAGCAUGUCUUUCUCAAGCAUUUCCUCAUAGAUCAUUUUUACGUGACGUUGCAGAAUUAAUUUCCGCCAUGUUGGUGCCCAUCUUAGUGUCAUGAUUCAUUCAUUAUUACAUGCAAACACGGUCCAAAUUUAUAGUUCCGUCCAGUUUACAAUCGAAAAAAUUUAAAUGUAUGGCGUCUGCCGAAAAAUUUCUAUUACUUCUUCUGAUCCAGACCAUGUCGUCCAAAUUCCAUUGUCUGAUCACGUUUAAAAAAACUGGAUGUAAAAGUCAGAGAACGUUAUCUAAAAAAGAUCUCGACUAUCGGAAUCGAUCCUGUUUUGAUAGAUUGGAAACGCUUCGAGCCUGAUUGGUUACCGCCGGUGGAAUCGACUGACUUGUACUGCUAUUUGGUUCUCGAGACUAGCUAUUAUGCGCAAAAACAACUUAAAGACUUCCGCAGUCUCGAGGCUUACAACGUUCAAGGACAUAUCAUCGGAAACAAGUUCGUGGUGUUGGCAAAAGUGCGACACUAGCAGCAGAACGAUACCUUGAUUCAAAUCUGGAUUAUUACCGCAAAGGGUGGAACAAUAAACUGCGCUCAUUGUUUGGGAUGUAAGGUAGGCCUUGCUGAAUCAGGUUCGCACAUAGCUAGGGUGCUAUUUUACCUUGAGGCUUGGACAAAGGUCAAUGGAAGGCUUUCUUGUAUGCAAAUUAAGUGCCUUGGAUACUUCCCAGUUUCGCAAACAAGGUGGAAUACUCUCGUGUCCGCGAUAUUAACUUUAAAUCCGCUAAGAAAAUGAAAGACGACCUUGAUGAAAAGAAAGAGGAUCUCAUUGAGGGACUUCAGGUUUCUUAGAGCUCGGAAGUCUUCUGUUUCACCAAAAGCCCCGUUAAGAAACCGGAAGUGCCAGCGCCGACGGAAGCGGAAAUGGAAAACUUUUAUUUUGACCUCAGCAAAUGCAAAAGAAAGCCUCUAUUGCUGAGCUUGGUGCGCACUGCUGAUUCGAUAUCGAAGGAACUGUCGAUAACCUUUUCUCCAGGUUCAUCAAGUUUUUGUUUUUUGGACUUUAAUUCAUCCCGAAGGUGUCUUUCACGUUCUCCUGGAACACGUUUCAGCUCACGACCUCUGGCUCUCUCGUCUCCCAAGGUUGCAACUUUCUGAUGACCUAGAUUUUGGGUCGGAACUCAAUCAGGAUCGUGACGAUCCCACAGUUUAGCCACUUUUCCAGAGAUAAAAUGUUUACCACAGACGCAGCCUUGACUGAAAAUGUUGUCUGUGCAGUGAGAUCUUCCCUGCUGAUCACAGAAAUCCAUUUGUUUCGCCUCUCCUCGGAACGUUUCCGUACUUUUUCUCCUCUACUAGUACUAAUUGAAGGUAUUCUUGCCAUAUUAAUUCCUUUAUCACAGCAACUUCGGGUCCCACCGCCAAAAUUCGCGCAUUAAACCUUUUUUCUUUUUUAAUUUUUUUUUAUAAUAAACAACUCGUGGUCAUACGUUUACAGGUAAGUGAUGUACACCAAUAUGGUGGCUAAUUUAAAUGAGAUCACGUGACUGAAACGUCGGAAAGGCGUGAGGGUGGCUCAAGGCGUGGGAAGGGGAGGGUGCCUCCAGCCUUUAAACGCUCUCACCUGGACGCGUCGCUACCCAGGGUGUGGUUUUGCACCCUUCUGUCGUGGAAAAAGUUUUCAGUUCUCUUUGCAUAAAAUAGGGACAGGGCUCCUAGUCACCCCCGAAAACGUAAAUAAAUCAGAAACUACUGAGGAAACUGCGUAGAAGAUCGUUCAAAUAUAGUUUUUUAAAUUUAAUUUAAUUUUUUCAUUCAAAGAGACAGUUGCAAGCGUGAUUUGUGAUAACACUUCAGGUCCAUGUACAUCGUUGAAUUAACACUUCUCUGACACAUCGGUUGAUGAUCUUCCAGGAAAGUAAUCUCUAUCAAAUACCAAAAAAGUGGCCAACAGAUCUUUUUGCAUAAAAAUGUUACCACAAAAGCGGCGUAAUGUAUAAAAAGUACCCUUGAUGUUAGCGCGUAAAGAACCGAUAAUUCAAUUGUUUUUGUACUCCCCUCUCGGAUCCAGGUCACUAUAUAAAUUCUCACGUUUACCUCUUCGUAUUUUUUCGAUGCCAUAGGAAACAAGGAUAUUUUUAUCGAAAUCAGUACAUCGGAAAAGAUCCUGGCAAUCUAUUUGCUGCCACAACAUGUUGCAAUGGGUCAUGUUUUGGAGGUGCUCAAUCAGAACCUAUUGCAAGUGAUGAGGAGAUAAGGUAAAAUUUUCAUUCUGAAGAAAAAAAAAAAGGAAAGAAAGUUUACACCUUCGUUUAGUCUGAAUGAUUGCAUGAAAGGCCAGAGGAGAGACACCCAAAAGGACGUUCCUUAGACUUCUAACCAUCACAGGGAAGGUCUACGAAUAGGGUCCGUUUUAAAACCAAUUUUGAAAGACUCAUAACUUAUAAACCCUGUCACUUCCUAGAUCUUAAGGUAAUUCUCCUAACUAACGAUGAAACAUUAUUCCUUUGUGAGCAUUUCCUGAGAAGUUGUUGUAACAUCAAGGCAAUAAUAAUAAUAAUAAUAAUAUUUAAUAGUCACUUCCACUCUACCCAACAGUGCAUCAGAACUUUUAAGAAAACUUUUACAGAGAUCAUGGCUGAAAGAAAAAGCUCCUUUUGGCCCUGGUUAUGUUGCAAAUGGAUUUUGAAGGUAUUGCGUGACGCUCACGAAACAGUGUCGUGUGACUUCCGUUAAAUAUCUGGGAGACUACGACAGAAGAUGAAAAUAAUAGGAACAUUCAUAUGAAUUACUUGUAUCUCUUUUAGAAAACAAGCGAUGAAAGAAAGAGCUGAACAAAAGGCUAAAGAAAGAGAGGCACGGCAACGCCGAAGGGACGAAAUACGACUGAAGUAUUUAACAUAA